UCAUUUCACUUCAUUCCUUGGCGAUUCAGUGCAUGGACAGGCUGCCGUUGAAAUUUCUCCUUAGAUUUCAGAUUUUUACCAUUUCAAUUAACAUUAGCAUUUCAUACAAUACAUUAGGCUGAACUUAUUUCCCACGAAAUCUUGUACAAGGGAAUUUCAACACUUGUUUUCACCGCAAAUGCUCUUGUGGGUGUUCCUCAAUCUUUGUCAUUAUUUGCUCAGUGCUUCGAGAAGAAGAUGAACGAAACAUGUAAGGUAUUCAAUCAAGAGAUAAGGCUGGAUAACGGCGACGACUGGGAAUUUCACUUGGUUAUCCUCUUUGACAUAAAAUCCAAUGUUGUGAUACAUACACUGGCCGAUAUAUAUGACGGGUCAUCCAUAUUUCGCUGUGCCUAAUUUUCCACCAGAAGGGUGAUAGAGCCUGCUCUGACGUCUGCAUCAGAUAUUGUCCAUUGCAUUUUUUUAUGGACAUUUUUUCCUCACUGACUUUGAGUUGAGAGGAAGCAAAUUUACAUUAUCAUCAGCAACAAAAGGGGAAUGAAGAUUUAUGUUUUAUUUUUUUUACCCACGCCUCCCCUUUCACCCCCAAACAUUUACAGCUAAAACAAAUUCUUAAACACAUCAUAGCCUACAUUGUGGAACAAUCUCUAGCGCCGGAGCAUCGCUGGAACCAUGCCUCUUCUGCAGGUUUGGACUGGGAAAUUGCUACUGCCAAUUUAAUCAACAAGACGCUGCUGUUCCUUAUCAGACGUCUCUCUGUUUUUCUGGGCUUUUUCGUUUUUAAAGAAAAGGGCUUGUUAUUACUUUUUGAAAGUCUUGUGUAGGCUGUAAUGAGCAAGAUGUCGGAUCUUCUGGUGUUGGUUGAGGGGGUCUGUGACCUGCACGGAUUUCCAUAGCUUGGGGAAAACAGCUUGGACCAAUUACGAGGUUUAAACACGCAUUUUGUAUAAAGCCAUUACAUGACUAAAUGUAUCUUUUUUUUUCUUCCAGCAAUUUAUUUGAAUUGCUUUUUUAAACUUUCUUUUCACAAUUUUCUUUGGACCACAAGCGGUUGGAUUAUUGAAACUAUAUAAAGGAUUUGUGGAAAUGUUGGGUCCUCAAGAAGAUAAAUUAUGUGGAAUGUUCUCUGCUUUGGCGGCUCUGUCCUUCGUUUGCUUUGUUCAAAGCACCUCCACUGGACAAACCGGAAUAUCUGUGGCCAAGGCCACGGUGGACAAGUUGCUGAAGGGGUAUGACAUCCGUCUAAGGCCUGAUUUUGGAGGUGCCCCAGUCAUCGUAGGAAUGAGCAUCAACAUCGCUAGCAUUGACUCCAUCUCAGAAGUGAACAUGGAUUACACCAUCACAAUGUAUUUCCAGCAAAGUUGGCGAGACAAGCGGUUGGCAUACGCUGAGCUGCCCCUCAACCUGACUCUGGAUAACCGCGUAGCAGACCAGCUGUGGCUCCCAGACACCUACUUCCUCAAUGACAAGAAGUCCUUCCUGCAUGGCGUGACAGUGAAGAACCGUAUGAUUCGACUGCAUCCUGAUGGCACCGUGUUAUAUGGGCUCAGAAUAACCACCACAGCAGCUUGCAUGAUGGAUUUGAGGAGGUACCCCCUCGACGAACAGAACUGCACCUUGGAAAUCGAAAGCUAUGGGUACACCACAGACGACAUAGUGUUCUACUGGCACGGAGGGGACAAUGCGGUGACGGGGGUGGACAAACUGGAGCUUCCCCAGUUCUCCAUCGUGGCGCUUCGGCUGGUGUCCAGGGAGGUCAGGUUUACCACAGGUUCCUAUCCCAGGCUAUCACUGAGUUUCAGGAUUAAGAGGAACAUUGGCUACUUCAUCCUGCAGACAUACAUGCCCUCCAUCCUGAUCACCAUCCUCUCCUGGGUCUCCUUCUGGAUCAAUUACGAUGCCUCUGCAGCUCGGGUGGCCCUUGGUGUUACAACGGUGCUCACCAUGACAACCAUUAACACCCACCUUAGGGAGACCCUCCCAAAGAUCCCGUAUGUGAAAGCCAUCGACGUCUACCUCAUGGGCUGUUUUGUGUUUGUGUUCCUGGCCCUGCUCGAAUAUGCCUUCGUAAACUACGUGUUCUUUGGCCGGGGCCCCCAGCAACAGAAGAAAAUCCACGAGCGGCUGAACAAAACCAACAACGAGCGCCCGCGAUACGAAGAGAAGCGCCUGAGAGAACAGGACUCCAUUGCCACGCCGUUUCAAACCAACACCCUCAGGUCAUAUACACAGAGAAGAAAUCUGUACCUCGAGGAGCAAAGAAAAGUUGGGGUGGACGCAUACGGGAACAUCCUGCUCACCACGCUGGAGAUGAAUAACGAGGUGAUGCCGUCAGAUGUGGGAAGUAGCGUCAGUGACUCCCGGAAUUCAGUGAUGUCAUUCGACAGCUCCGGGGUCCAGUUCAGGAAGCCCAUGGCUCCCCGGGAUGGCUUCAGCCACCACUCACUGGACCGCAGCGCCAUGCGCAGCAGGGCCAACUGUCGGCUACGACGGCGCUCCUCCAAGCUCAAGCUGAAAAUCCCCAAUCUGGCAGAUGUCAGCACCAUUGACAAAUGGUCCCGGGUCCUUUUCCCCAUCAUGUUUGGAUUUUUCAACCUAAUCUACUGGUUGUACUAUGUGAAUUGAUGUGCAUCCCGCUAGGAAUCAUGGGCCAUAUUUUGAGAGCACAUUAAAUUGGCUUUGAUACAGUUGGAAAAUAUGUAUACACAUAUACAAGUUGAUACAUACAGUAUGUAUAUGCAUAUUUCUAUAUAUUAUAUUUAUAUAUACACGUGUGUGUGUGUGUAAAUCUGAAGGACUUUUCUCCUGUAUAAAGUAUUAUUAGAAUGACUUGAAUGUUUAAGAAUAAUUUCAAGCCUUUGAGUUUCCUUUUCCUUGUGAAACAAACAAACUAGCAAAGAAACCAACGAACUAACAACCAUCAGAUCCCUUUGGGGGAUUUUGGAACUAAAGACUGCAUGAUAUUUUUGCUAAAAAAGAAAGCGAAAGCUCUUGAGAGAAGAGAUGUCUCAGUCUCAUUGGCUUUUUAUUGAUACUCCGUAAUCGGCGUCCUCUACUGCAGCUCAUCAAAUCAGGUGACUCGUGUGUUCAGGCAUCGGCUGAGUCAAGUCCCUAAUAUCCAGCCCCCCCCCCCCCCCCCCCCCCCCCCCCCGCCCUACACGGAAUUCUCCGGUUCGACCCUGUACAGCAACCUUGUUUGGAUUAUGUGUCGUUCCUUGGCUUUUUUUUCGAGUGACGUUGUUCUCUUUAUGGGACAUCGGCUCUGGUACAAUGCUGGUCUGCGUUUGGGGGGGCCAUCAGGAUGGGAUGUUAGACCACUGCGUUUCUGAGUCAGUGCAAAACCUCUCUUCAUUUCUCUAUUCAUGUUUGUUUUUAGAGCAGUUCCUUGGGGUAUUUUCAUUAUGGUUAUCCAGAUGAUGAUUAUUGUAAUUAUUAUUUCGUUUUGAAAAUACUGGGCUUUUGGGAGUGUGUCACUUAACGAGGUUCUAGUUAGUGCAUUACUAGAAAAAAAGUCACAGGUAUGAAUUGCUCAUUUUGAUUGUUUAAAAAAUAGACAUAUAAUGUACAUUUUGUAAUUCAGUAUCCUCGUGGACAUAGUUGGCAAAUAUAAUUGUGCGUUUUCUUUACCAUCCUCCUAGUGCUUCACAUGCUCUGUAGAUACAGUAAUUAUUGCCUCAUAUUCAGCUUUGUGUUCUGUAAGGAAGAAACGAUACCUAGAAUGAACACAUUUGAAGUUAUUCCACUAUAAAAAUGUGAGAAACAAUAUUGUGUAUUAAAAAAGGGAUAUCGCCAUGGUUUAUUUGUUUGAGAGUGAAAUCAACAUAUCAGCCCAUAGUUUGACCUGUAGUUGAAUGUAAUAAUCUCUCACUUUGAAACAGUUUUCAAGUCGAGAAUGUUGGGCACUGAUAUUAUAGUUCCUAUGAAACGUGCCUGUCUUAAAAUUCGAAUGGCCGUGUUCUCAAAUGUGCUUUUUUAGUUGCGGUUUGUAGCGGGGAGCGGGAUUAGAGGAAGAAAAAUAAUCAACCUCUCGCAUCCAUUAGCUCUGAAAACACUGCAGAUCUACCACCCUUCAAAUGGGCUCUGAGGAUCACACCCCAAAGAUCAGAAACAUCAGCAGAAUCGGGAAAAAUUGGUUUUCAGUUUUUAGGGGGCAAGACAAGAUGUGUGAUAAAUAUAGCCAUGAACUAAAUUGAGAACCAAAAAGGCCUAGAAUCCCUAUGUUAUUUUUGGCUUUUGCUCUUAAUGUCACUACAUUCCAUCUGCUCAGAUCCACACACUAAUGAGAUGUCCACUGCAGAGUUGAUGCCAUGCCAUUUUGAGCCACAGUGUACCUUUAAAGGACAACCUUGUUUUUCAUUAUUUGGUUCUGCCUAGAGUGAAGAGAAGAGCAAAUGCAUUCAGGCAUUUCAGUUUAAACUGGCAUUUACAGGCUAUCUCUGUGUUCAAACUAGCAUUGCAUUGAUUCAACAAUGCAGUGUAGUGGAUUUGAAUAUUCAUGCUAAGGAAUGACAAUUGCGGUUGUGAUUGAAACAUGCAGCGCAUUGUUGAAUCUACUGGGUUUGCAUGGUUAUCAAAUGACAUGGGGUGACAGCGGGAGGAAAAGUCGCAGGUCAGAUGCAGAGGUAGCCAAACCAAGAGAUGGGGUCCUUUGGACGUUCCAGAGGAUAAGAGAGGAGAGAAUGUUGAGAGCAUCACAGUUACUGCCUUGCACAUUGCAGUGACCAAUCUCCUUAGAACUCACUGAUGGGAUCCCCUAAGUUCCAAGAGCUUGUCUCUCCAACGUCUCCUUCCCCUGGCCGGCACCAGACAGGAAGGAAACGGACCUUUAACUGGGAGCCCCGGGCCCCAUGGAGGACUAGCACAGGACAGGAUGCACCACGGGGCAGAGAGAGAGGAGAGACAGAAAGAAGGACAAAGAGCGAGAAACAGAGCUACAGAAAAGGAGAAAGAUCAUAGUGUGGAGCAAAGAAGAGAUCUUGGAUUCUGACGCUUUUCGCCCCAGUGAGUUGGAUCCCACUCCAAUGUUCUACCUGUAGUUGAUUGUAAACGGAACUGUAUCUGGGAUACUGUAGCAUACUGUUGUCACUGGUUACAAUGUUACGCCACCAAUGACGGCUUGUCUCUGCAACAUAUUUGAGAGAAAUGAACCAGAGUUUGCACUAAGUCCAACCUGCAAUGCCAGGUUACACUACAGCAGAAAAUGAAGCAGUACAGUGUAGCUAUUGAGACUAAAAGUUGAAAAAAUGAGUUUCUGUUUAGUCUAAAACAUAAUCAGUGGAUGAUGCUAAUCUGUAGGGGGAAUAAAUACUGUAUGACGUCACUUGAUGUUACUCAGGAACCUGGUAUCAGAUUUUAAGGACCUUCCGCUUCUGCUCCCUAUUGAUCUAUGUCAAACUAGCCUACAUAAUACUUCAUAAACAUGGCAUAACUCUUGUUUUAACCAUACAUCUCCUUUUGGCCAACUACCCCUGUGGUGUCACAUAUAAGGACUUAGGCUUGCUAGUGUCAUCAGGAUUUCUAUGAAUGGUUUUGGUAUGGAUUGUGUCAUGGUUAAGAUGGCCUUAUAUGGGCUUUAGCCUAUAGAAUUCAUAAGUAACUAUGUGUAUUUAUGUUGUAUUUACUGUAAGCUAUCACUCACUCAGUCACUGAGACACCAACCAGAUGAUCAUAUUGUCAGAGUAGCACUAGAUGUUCAACCAGAUUAUCAUAUUGUCAGAGUAGCACUAGAUGUUCAACCAGAUUAUCAUAUUGUCAGAGUAGCACUAGAUGUUCAACCAGCUGAUCAUAUUGUCAGAGUAGCACUAGAUGUUCAACCAGAUGAUCAUAUUGUCAGAGUAGCACUAGAUGUUCAACCAGAUGAUCAUAUUGUCAGAGUAGCACUAGAUGUCCAACCAACUGAUCAUAUUGUCAGAGUAGCACUAGAUGUCCAACCAGAUCUCGAACAGGAAACAACUAGAUCUGGCAUCAUCUUGCAGUUGUUGUUCUUGUCCACAGCCUGUAGAUAAAAAGUUCAGCUCUGUUGAUUUUCGUCUGUUAGUGAUCCAACAUACACUACACAUGUUCCCUACCUAUGGUGUGUUUGGUUUGGCCUGGAUGGAUGGAGCCCACUGGAUAUUAAACGUCACGCUAGGUAACCUCCCCACCCUCAAAUAGCCAGCACUUGAGCAAAAUUAGAUAUGAUUAAAUAGCAAAUCACCCUGGCUUACAUAGCUUCAAGUCGGUGGUCACAAAACAUUUUGUGAAAAUGUUCAAUGGCAAUACAAUAAAUGUAAUGAUUUAAAGUGCAAAACAAGUCUUACAAAGGCAUACUAUACAAAGAGUUGAGAAACAAGGAGAAAAUACAUAAAGCCACCCAACUCUAACAAACAACUUAGGGCCAGAUGUACUAGCUAAGCAUUUGCCCUUUGCAUUUAAACUGCGUAGUGAAAAUAUCAAGUAAAGGUAAUAGUUGGAUUACAACCUUUUGGCCUUUUGUUUGGAAAUAAUCAAUUUGAUCUGAAUUUCACUAUGCACUAAAUAACUUAUACAUGUUUUGUUUUUUUCACACAAUGACAGUUAAUUUCAUAUAACCUACAGUGAAAAAUGAUUUCAUUUUUCACAGAAGUAACUUAUGAUUGGUCUGUAUGGAAACUCUUGCAUGAGUGCAGUCAAUAUACUCAUUACAUUGAACUCACACCUACUCUACGUGCAAAUGUAAACCACUUUCAUGUCUCAAAAGCUGUGAGGAAAUACCAGCUACAUGUUUUUCAUGUUAUGAUUUAUUUUGGUUAUGCCACAUAUGUUUUGUUGAUACAUUCAUUUAGUGGAGGUAAAAAUUAGUGGAGAUAAAAAAACUAAAAACAACAACAGCUGUUGAACUGAUUUCAAUGUGAAUUUUCUUGCCUCUUGUGUGUAUGUGUAUUUAUAUGUGAAUUGUACUGUAAAUAUAUCUUUCACUGGAUAUUUCUUAAUGCAUGAACAAAACAGGGCAGUACGUAAUAGCAGCUAGCUUCACUGCUAAUGGCAUGGACAGCUUCUAUGGCAUUGGCAUACUUCUGCAAAGAAAACCUAAAAAAAAAAAAAUGUUAAGAAGAGAAGAUUAAGGUUUUGUUUUGCAUGACCUAAGUUUAGAAAGGUUUAUUUUCCUAUUUUUCUAUUUCACACUUUUCAUCAGCUUCAUUCUCACAGCCAGGAAAGGAAGGACCCAGUGUUUACAUGCUCUAGUUGCACUUGUUUUACAGCCAGCUCGACAAAACACUGUAAAACAAACUGUACAUUCAAUAAAACUGGAGAAUAACUGAAAAAUGGAAUGUACAUUUAUAUCUCAUGGUCAACAUGAAUAAUAUGUACCUCUCAAUCAUAUUCACUUACUGUGUACCGAAGCACAUACAAUUUGGAAUCAAUGCACCAAGUACAUACUGUAGUUUUAUCAGGUUUAGCUUUAGCACUAACAUCAAUCGCCCUUCAACUACAAAGGAUGUAAAGGAUGCUUAACAGUAGCAUCUGAACUUAAGCCAUGAGAUUGCAUGCUGAGUGGGUAUUCCCAGCCGUUUCUCUUAAAUGAGUUGCCUCUGGACUGGGGGGGUUCUGGUCUGUUACUGAUUAUGAUGGUACUUUCAGGAGGCUAUGCUGAGUCCCAAUUAUACAUCAGUAUAGCUCCCUCUUUCAAUAAGUUUUUACCAGGGAAAACACUACUUGUAAAACAAAUAGCUAUGGGGAAAAUUCUGUAAAAAUGUUUAAAAAAUAAAUUAAAUUGAAAGGCCACCAACCCAUAUCUAUUUUAAAGAUUUCAAUCAGUAUUUUAUAUUUAUUUUUAUUUAGAUUUUUUUUCUUCGUAAUUGGCUGUAUUUGUUGCGUUUUGUUAUGGAUUGUUAUUAUUACUGUUGUUUUCUCAUAAAAAAAAAAAGGACAUGUACUGACAACCUACCCUGGAAGUCAAAUGUAUUCAUUUUUUGCACUGUAAUUGAUGAGUUCACAUUGGGCGCUUUAUUUGAUUCAGUUAUCUAAUGAGGUGUUUUAUUUCAUUUGGGGUAUGAGUUGUACUCAUGGAAUCAACAUUUGUAUAGUAUACAGUUGUAUUUACUUUUUUUUGUCAGUGCCAAUCAAUGUUAUAGUGUCAAUCAGCUUUUUCUUUUAGGUGUUUGAGCAAAAUGUGUUUUUUUACAAAUACAAGGUGUUAAAGUAUGUGGUAUAAAAGGAUUAUCAUUCAAACAACAGACUUUUUACUAAUAAAGGCUUAUACAGUAACGAAUGACAAUGUCUUUUCGUUUGCCCUUUGAGGACUAAUAUCUAAUGUUUAAUUCACAUUUUUGCUGAGUUCAUUUUAAUGUGUUAGUCCCCAAAAGGUAAAUAACAUACUCUGUUGCAACAAAACGAAAUAAGUUCUUUGCCAUUGAAAUUCCAAGCUGUCGUGGGAGGUUUCACCUAUUUGUUUGGUGUGUUGCUUUCUUAUAAGGGCUUGUUGGGCUAUCAGCCAUGAGUACAAAAGAAAGAAAAGACAACAGAGAGUCUUCUUGUUACAGAUUUUAAUUUGAUUACAACCAUGACGCAUUAAUGAGAGUAUACCUCCUUUCGUGCCCCAUUUCCUGAAUAAAGACGCAAAGUGACUCCUGCU